UCCAGUUAUUUUCUGUUCAUCUUUGUUUUCCAUGUUUGAUUGGGAGCACAAUUCGGUCAAAAACGGUUAAUCCUGUGGCCCAGGGGUCGAACGAUAUUCACAUAUUACAUACACAUCCGUUACGGUUUCAUUGCUGGGUAGCGAUCGUAACACUAACGCCUGGUCUAGCCGAGUCUAAUUUGCAACUCAUGGCUCGAAGAGUGAUUGCUCCGGGACACUCAUGCCUUGAAUGCCGUCGUCGCAAGAUCAAGUGCGAUAGGUCACUGCCUUGCUCCUAUUGCGCACGUAUCAAACUCCAAUGUUCAUAUCCUUCAUGGCGACCAAACAGAAGCAACCAUGGGGAGAGCGACCUGGCAGCCAAAGUACAGAGUCUCGAGUGCACUUUGCAGUCUCUGGAACAAAAGAUUACGCGUAUUGGAAAUUUACUGAAUGCGAAUCCGGAACCGCCCAGCAGACAGGAUCACGCUGAGCGAGAGCACCAGUUCUCUAUCGAGGAUGCACAUGACUUGCCAAGUCCAAGCUGGUCUUCGCCAAGAAUUAACUCGCAGUCAAAUUCAAGUCAAUACAAUACCGGUGCUCGAUCGACAAAUUCUCACCUCUUGCAAUCUUUGCCGUUUAACAGCUUGGCUGGCAUAUCGCAACCCCUCGAAGCCCUUCACCCCCCUCCUUCAAGCAUCUCAUUCAUCUGGCAGACAUAUCUUGAUGUGGUCGACCCACUCCUCAAGAUUUUUCACGUUCCUUCUAUUCAAAGGCAUGUUAUGAGCAUAAGUCAAGGCCGAGAGAUACCCGACGCAGCUACGGAAUGCUUGAUGUUUGCAAUAUAUUAUUCCACUGUCAUUUCUAUAUCGGUUGCGGAAUGUCGUGAUGAAUUUGGAGAGGAGAAACCGCUCUUGUUACAAAGGUAUCGAGAGGGAGUCGAGCGAGCGCUAGCAAGAGCAAAUUUCCUGAGCUCACAAGAUAUAACCGUAUUACGAGCGUUUGUCAUAUAUCUGAUCUGUGGGCGACUAGAUGAAAAUGGCCCCGACGUCUGCUCUCUUAUCGGACUCGCAAUUGGCAAUGCCAUGAAGCUGGGCCUCCAUAUCGACAUUCCCGGAAUGUGUACAUUUGAGGUUGAAAUGAGGCGCCGGCUUUGGUGGCAGAUCUGUACCUUGGACGUUCGUGUUGCCGAAGAUUUCGGCGGAGAACCAUACAUUAUCGAACCAAAUCUUCGUACAGAGCUACCACUAAACGUCAAUGAUAUAAGCCUAGACCCUCAUAUAGGUGAGUUGAAUCCACAACCGGGACGAAGCGAGAUGCUGUUUAGCCUGGUGCGAUUCGAAGUGAGCCACUUUGCACGACGAAUUGUGUUUUCGGAUCGAUUCUGCCGAAUCAAUAAUUAUGAGAUAAUGAAUGAAGCGCAAAAGUGCCAAGCGGUAGAUCAAUUCAAGGAGCGCAUUGAGAAACAGUACCUAUCGUAUUGCCACAAGGCAAUUCCUCUAGACUGCGUCACGGUUAUGAGCAACAGGCUUAUUCUUGCAAAGUUGAAGCUAGCUGUUUAUAAGCCGCGCGCAGAUCAAAAUCACGGGAUGCCUCUGCGGGCUAACUAUCGCAGAGCCUGUGAGGAAUUCUUAGAACAUGCACACGAAUUACGCCAAUACAGUAAGGGCCGUCGAUGGCUGUGGUUGUUCCAGACAUAUGUUGAAUGGGAUGCGCUGGCGUAUCUGCUGUUAGAUAUUUGCAUCACUUUGUCAUCACCAGGCCUAUCACCUAAUGAGUCCAUUAAUGCUCCGUGGAAAGUGGUUAAAGAAAGUUAUAAUCACUGGAAGAACAAUCCUGACGUUCAUCGAGACCGUCGCUGGAUGAAUAUCGAGGAACUUCACUCGCACGCUCUAUCUAUAAGGGAACGGGCACAAAAUGUGACGCAAAUAUCCCAGACAACUCCAUCUUAUUGUUCCCAGCAGGCACACGAUCAGUCUGAUGAUGUGUCUGAUGACACCGUCGAGAUGCAACAACAGUACGAAUCAAGCCCGGAUUCUAUGUAUACUCGAAACACGGCUACUAAUGCCGAGAAUAGAAUUAUUCCUGUGUCCAUGAGUUCUAUGAACAAAAAUACACAGAUACAGCGAUCCUAUGCAACGGAUUUGCAAGGCCCCGAAUCCAAUAUGUUGCCUGAUCAGGUACCCUUGAUGUGGGCACUCGCGAAUGCGGCCGCAGCUUCGGCCGAAGAAGCUCAAAUCUCUGUAACUACUGCAGACAUGCCAGGAGCAGGGACUGCUUGUGAGUGGAGUGCUUCCCUGAUAGAGACAUAUUGGGAGGUUGCUGGACAGGGAAAUGACGGCUCUAGCGCAUGGCCCCCAAGGUAGCUUCAUAUACUGUUUGGAUAAGGAUAGCUACCAUUCUAUUCUUCAAAAAAGCAAAUAUGAAACAUGGAUUGCCCC